GGGCCCAGCUGGCGGCCCCGCCCCCGGCCUGGCGCUCCGGGCGCUAUAAGAGGGCGGUGGCCGCGGGGCGCCCUGCGCGGGGCCAGGAGCGCGAUGGUCAGCCGCCGUGGCGCGGCAAGAUGCUGGAUGGGCCCCUGCUGGCGCGCUGGCUGGCCGUGGCCUUCGCGCUGACGCUGCUACUUGCCGCACUGCGCCCCUCAGCCGCCUACUUCGGGCUGACCGGCAGCGAGCCCCUGACCAUCCUUCCACUGACCCUGGAUCCAGAGGCGGCCGUGCAGGCACACUACAAGGCCUGUGAUCGACUGAAGCUGGAGCGAAAGCAGAGGCGCAUGUGCCGGCGGGACCCGGGUGUGGCGGAGACACUGGUAGAGGCAGUCAGCAUGAGCGCCCUGGAGUGUCAGUACCAGUUCCGCUUCGAGCGCUGGAACUGCACCCUGGAAGGCCGCUACAGGGCCAGCCUGCUCAAGAGAGGCUUCAAGGAGACAGCUUUCCUCUAUGCCAUCUCCUCGGCUGGCCUCACGCACGCACUGGCCAAGGCCUGCAGCGCAGGCCGCAUGGAGCGCUGCACCUGUGAUGAGGCACCUGACCUGGAGAACCGUGAGGCCUGGCAGUGGGGUGGCUGCGGGGACAACCUCAAGUACAGCAGCAAGUUCGUCAAGGAGUUUCUAGGCCGGCGGUCAAGCAAGGACCUGCGUGCUCGUGUGGACUUCCACAACAACCUCGUGGGUGUGAAGGUGAUCAAGGCUGGGGUGGAGACCACAUGCAAGUGCCAUGGUGUGUCUGGCUCCUGUACCGUGCGGACAUGCUGGCGACAGCUGGCACCCUUCCACGAGGUGGGCAAGCGCCUGAAGUACAAGUACGAGACGGCACUCAAGGUGGGCAGCACCACUAACGAGGCUGCUGGCGAGGCAGGUGCCAUCUCUCCACCCAGGGGCCGGGCUUUGGGCACAGGUGGUGACCCACUGCCCCGUACACCAGAGCUGGUGCACUUGGACGACUCACCCAGUUUCUGCCUGGCUGGCCGCUUCUCCCCAGGCACUGCAGGCCGCAGGUGCCACCGUGAGAAGAACUGCGAGAGCAUUUGCUGUGGGCGUGGCCAUAACACGCAGAGCCGGGUGGUGACACGGCCCUGCCAGUGCCAAGUGCGCUGGUGCUGCUACGUGGAGUGCAGACAGUGCACUCAGCGGGAGGAGGUCUACACCUGCAAGGGCUAGUGCCAGUUGGCCAGGCUGUCCCAGGGAUGCAGGCAGCAUGUGCAGCAGAGGCAUCCACACUUGCAGACUGAGCCCCAGACUGGGUGCCCCUAGCACUUGUGGGCAUGAGGCAGGAGCAGGAGCCCAGGGCAGGCUGGGGAGCCAUCUCUGCCUCUCUGUCUCCCCUCAAAGGCCUGAUCUGACCUCUGCAUACUCUCUGCUUGUCCCUCCCAGGGACCUGACAGCAUUGCACUGAUGCUUUCCAGGCUGUGUCUGUCCCUAAGACUCCAGUCCCUGUAUCACAGUGCCCCUUGACACUUGGGCUCCCUCUGAGGAGUGUGGUGCAUUUUCAUGACCAACUACACAGGGCUUCUGCAGCAGCCUGUGGGCUGCCCUCCUCCAGCUCUGGCUAGAGUCAAACCACUAGGAGAGGGACAGCCAGCCACCCAGGUGUGGGGGACACUGUUGCCACCCCCCAACAUCAAACACUUCUGUUUGGAGUGAUAACAGUGACUUUUAAGUUAUUUUUAUUUAACUAAUAUAUAAUAAUUAUUUUCUCUGUCCCCACUGCAUCCCAGGCUGUGGCUCUUCCAGACUGGAGGGGCCCCUUCCUCUUUCCUCGCCCCCCCCAUUCCCAGACUUCUUUGCCUGAUCUGCUUUGUGUUUGAAACCACUAAGUCAAGAGAGAUGUUGCUGUUGUUCUAAAUUAAAGUGAGCUAUGUCUGGCCUCCUCCCUCAGGGCUUCCAAAAGUCAGGUCCAGGCUGUCGUCCCCAGGGAGGCCGCCCCGGGAAGGGUGCCUGUGGGCACACAGCCCUGCACUCCAGCUCCCAAAUGCAGAUUCUGGGGCUGGGAGUGGCAGAGGCUGCCCUGCCCUCCCUAAGGGUUAUUCAUGGGCAGAGGGGCAGGGCCAGCCCCUUGGAGCAUUUAUUUCACAAAGAACACACAGUUUGUUCUGUGUCACUGUGGGGGGAAGCAGGGUGGGGAAAGAUGUGACAGUGUCUGGGGCCAGGAUUUGACAAAUGGCUAUGUUCCUUGGCCAUCCUGUUGUCUUUGACAGAAGGGGAAAAGGAUGGCCUACACUGACCUGGCUUGGUUUUGGUGUGAGAUAUAUGUGCACACAUGUGCAAUGCGCACACAUAUGAGAUGCAUGUGUACUAGCAUGUGUGCAUGAGCGUAGGCACAUGCCUGUAUCUGUGUGUACAUGAGUAUGGACACAUACGUGUGUUUGUGGCUAUGCAUGUACGUACACGGAUGCAUGCACCUGAGCAGGUGUGCUAUGUGCAUGUUGUGUGCAUGCGUGGAGGGCAUGAGUGAUAUGUGUGCAUGUGUGUGAGCAUGUGCUUGUGUGUGUGUGUUGGUGUGAUCUGUGGGUGGCUGGAUAUGGCCUCCACCCUGUGUCCUUCUUUAGCAUGGGCCUCUCCUUCCCACGUUGACGUGAAUGGCAGUCUCGGCUCUGGAGCCUCUGCCCUAGGCUUGUCCUGCUUGGCUGGGUGGCUGUGCUCCAAGGGUGCAGGCAGUGUGGAAGCGGGAACUACUGAACUAGGGUGUUCCUCGGAGUCCCAGGGGGCUCCAGGAACCCCAGGGAACUGUGUUUUUAAAAGGAAACCUAUUUAUGUUAAUGUGGGUCUCUUAGUCCCUGUUUUAUAGUGUUAAUAGUAAAGUUUAUUCUCCUGUGGUUCAGAGAACACUCCGUGAAUAAUUGUGCUCUGGAGGCCCAUCCUGGGAGACAGCCAGAUAGACUCUGCAGUGGCAGAUGUGGGCCUGCCCCUUGUUCCCCGCAGGCCUGGCUGGACACGGCCAGGGUGUGGUGAGCAAGGGCGCAUCCUGGUUGUCCCCACCUGCAGGCGCCCAUAGCAGGUGGAGUGUCUUGCUCCCAUCAUAAGACUAGCCAGUCACUACUGGGUCUGGAAAGGUGGCAAGUCAGAGGAAGGAUUUUUUUUUUAAUUAAAUACCACAUUUAGCUAUAUGUCAUAAAUAUUAAGAAAAGUAUUUUUUUUAAACAAGGCAGACUGAAAAUGUCUGCUGGCUGGUUUGUUUAUAUAUAAACAUAUAUCAGAAUGUCUUGCUAAGCAAAGAAACAACUCCCGCUGAUGGAACCUCUCCUUAAUGUGCUUCUCUUUCAUGUGGCAGAGGGUCUCUGAAGAAACAUGUUGGUAGUGGGGCCAGAGCUCCAGGUUCAGGCUUACGAGGGGCCACGGGGGCAGGCCACCAUGCUGAGGGCCAGGCGGGUCCCGGCCACCUGCUUCCCACCAGCCGCUCGGAUGUGGGUUCUGGGCUUGGUUUGUCCAGGUCCGGAGGUCGGGAGGUGAGGGGCAUUCACAUAUGACAACUUUGCUCUGGGUGUUCAGCUUCUCCAGCUGGCCUGCCCACUUCUCUACCUCAUCUGUAUAGUGAAUAGGUGUGUACUCGAGUGACUUGGAGAAUGUAUUUAUUUAACGGCUUUGUGUAACACAACCAGAAACAAAUGGAAACACUAAAUAAACGUAUUUUAAAUUAUA